AUGGUUUCCAUCAAGCAAGUUUCCGUUAUCUCGACACUCCUUUUUGGCCUUGGCCAGCAGGUGGUCGCCGACUCUUUGGAGGACAAUGAGCUUGUCGCCCGUGGCGAGAACGAUGUCUCCGAUGGUGGCUACCUUUUCGAGGCUCGCGACGUUCUCGAGGAUGACCUUGACAUCCGCGACAUCCUUGAGGAUGAGCUCGAAGUCCGCGACGACGAGGAUCUCGAGGAGCGAGACAUCGAGGGAGGUGAUCUCGAGGUGAGAAGGAACACUCCUCCUCCUACUCCUCCACCAACCCCACCUCCUAUCGUUAUCACGCCUCCAAGCCCUCAGCGCAACUCUCGCAGCCGUGGCCGCCGCAGCCUAGGACGACGAGGUCUCGGGAAGAGGAGGAACACCCCUCCUCCCACCCCUCCUCCUACUCCUCCCCCGAUCAUCAUCACACCUCCUAGCCCGCAGCGAAACUCCCGCAGCCGCGGCCGCCGCAGUCUCGGGAAGAGGAGGAACACUCCACCUCCUACUCCCCCGCCUACGCCUCCACCGAUCAUCAUCACGCCUCCCAGCCCGCAGCGCAACUCUCGCAGCCGUGGCCGCCGAAGCCUGGACGGAGGUCUCAGCCCCAGGAGGAAUACGCCUCCUCCUACUCCCCCUCCUACUCCUCCGCCUAUUAUCAUUACGCCUCCCAGCCCCCAGCGUAACUCUCGCAGCCGCGGUCGUCGCAGUCUAGGAGACCUGAGCCCAAGGAGAAACACUCCGCCUCCUACUCCUCCUCCCACUCCUCCCCCGAUCAUUAUCACGCCUCCUAGCCCCCAGCGUAACUCUCGCAGCCGUGGCCGUCGCAGUCUAGGAGACCUGAGCCCAAGGAGGAACACUCCCCCUCCCACCCCUCCUCCUACUCCUCCUCCUAUCGUCAUUACUCCUCCUAGCCCCCAGCGCAACUCUCGCAGCCGUGGCCGUCGCAGUCUUGGAGAUAUUGAGAAGAGAAGGAACACCCCUCCUCCUACUCCUCCUCCCACUCCUCCCCCUAUCGUCAUCACCCCUCCUAGCCCUCAGCGCAACUCUCGCAGCCGCGGCCGCCGCAGCCUGUAA